CACGCCCUAUGACAAUGAAAAAAGGUUGGCUGGACUGAGAAGUUAAAUCACGGAAAAGAUAUGUGUUGCUCCUUCAUCUUGCUCAAGACUGAAGAGGAUCUGUGAGAGAAGGACAGCCGCUUCCAGUGAAACAGCUUCUUGCCUUUUGUUUUCUUGUCCAAACGAUAUGGAGUCAGCCAUUAAGACGGUGGUGACCACAUUUCUUUCUUCUGCCAGGGGGAAGGAGAACCUAGAUUCGAAAUCCUUCCAGAAACUGGUAUCUAAACAGCUUGGCGGCCUCAUGGAGGACACAAACAGCUCCUCUGCCGUUAAGGAGAUGCAACGAGGACUGGAUGAGAACAACGAUGGAAAGGUCAGCUUCCAGGAAUACCUCACUCUGAUUGGCUACUUGGCCAGCUCACUCAGUCAGAGCAAGACUGGAUCCAGUGCAAAUGCUUCAUAGAUGCUCGUGAAGCUGCAUUAUUUGGGGGGGGGGGGGUCUGCUUAAGCAUCUUUUCUCAUUUCUAAAUGUUCCAAACAUCAUGUAUACAUUUCUUUUCAGUUCAUACAGUUCAAAUAUUCGAGCAACCAGUUAUAUAAAGCUCUGAACUACACCUUACUGUCUGUCCAGACUGACCUUUUUUUUUACAUUCUCCACUGUCGAGGACACAUUGAAGGACUCUGAGCUGGGAGUGUCUUUAUUUACACCAAUUAUACAGAGGAUACUUACUGUAUUUCCAAAAUAAAAGCUUUAUAUAAUAAAACUGAAUUGUUUGUAGUUUUAAAUCAGUGAUAAUAUGCCUAAGUGUUACCCAUUAACUUCCAUUGAAAUUCUGCUGGUAAACCCAAUGAAAUACUGUAUGUGUACAGUGGUUUCCGUGAUAUGGUUUGACAUUGUCCCACAGGCACUGCUGCAAUGAUAUCUGCUGCUUCCACAGCUACCAGCAACACUUACUAAAUAUAGCUGUGACGUCCCCGACUAGUCAAACUCCGCAGCCUUUAUAUGCAUAAACUAUGGCAACGAGAUCCUGACAUGCAGUAUAUGCUUUCUAUUGUGUACCAUCCUCUACUCUGCAACACAAUACAUACACUCAUAUGGUGCAUUCACACUGCGCCACCCCACUUGCUGACACAAUAUACUGCAGCAAAGACAAACAAAGAAGAUGCACCUACCAGGAUGAGCAGAUCAAACAUGUAUGACAUUACAAUGAUAGUGUUUGUGCAGUAGUGUUUGCUUUAAUGAGCAUCAUCUCCUACAUCAUUCAUCCAAGAGUACUUGGCCAUAUGUGUUUCUGUAUUUUUGCUCUUUUCAUGCCAUUUGUAUCCAUUAUAUUACUUUAAGUCUGAUGGACUGGGGGAAUGAUUAAAGUACGUUUGCCUAUG